GCUCGCAGACCGAUAACCAGCUGAUAGAUCAACAACCGAACAGCCACCACCCAAAACAGCCGCGACUUGGCAACAACAGCAUCACAAUCUGACAGCUGUCCUGACAACUUAAGAAGUUUCCAGUACUUAAAAAAAAAAAAAAAAAACAUUAAAAAAAAAACUUGUUGACUUUUAAAUUGCUGCUUUUAAAGACGCUGUCAGGGAGGACGGCUACCCUUCCUACACCAUGAGCACCUCGCGGGACCAGCAGGGUCAAUGGAAGCCUACCGCAGACCAAGAUCUGCCAGUUCAAACUGGUGCUGCUGGGAGACAUGGCCGUAGGCAAGUCAAGCCUGGUGCUGCGCUUUGUUAAGGGCCAGUUUGAUGAGUUUCAGGAGACCACCAUUGGAGCUGCGUUCUUGGCACAGUCUGUUUGUCUGGAUGACACUACAGUGAAGUUUGAGAUUUGGGACACGGCUGGACAGGAGCGCUACCACAGCUUGGCCCCUAUGUACUACCGUGGAGCCCAGGCGGCUAUUGUAGUUUUUGACAUCACCAAGCCUGAAACAUUCGAGCGAGCAAAGGCUUGGGUGAAAGAGCUGCAGCGGCAGGCCAGUCCCAACAUUGUCAUUGCUCUCGCAGGAAACAAGGCGGACCUAGCAGACAAGAGACUUGUGGAGUAUGAGGAAGCCCAGACAUAUGCAGAAGACACAGGCUUGCUUUUCAUGGAAACAUCUGCCAAGACUGCAAUGAAUGUAAAUGAGUUGUUCCUGGCCAUUGCAAAAAAGAUGCCAAAACAGACACCCAAAACCCUACGCAUGCUGCCCGACACCGGGAACCUUCAGGACCCAGAUGCACAGUCCACUCGAAGCUGCUGUGGGAACUAAAGGCCUGUCAACACUCCACCACGGGAGACCACCGACACCUUCUCCUUCCCAAAAUCCCACCCUUUACCCUUUCACCUCCUAAGAUGGAUACAGAAAGAAAUAGAAGGAUAGAGGAAUAACAGAAAGAGAUUGAGGGAAAAUCCCUCAGUGAUGCCAUUAAGAGAUUUUUCAAGGAAGACUUCUGAUGGACAGGGCAGAAAGCGAACGGACGAUGGACACUGUCAUAUCUGGCAGUAAAUACAGAUUCUGUAUUAUUUCAACAAUAAUUUCAGCCUCUGUUCAUUUUCAUUAAGCCA